CCAAUUUAGAAUCGUUGUUUGGUUUUUAACGCGAGGAAGAAGAUAUUAGUGAUCAAACUCCGCCGUCGUUAUGUCGUCUCUCCGUAAAACCCUUACCGCCGUGAAUCAAUCUUCGUUAUUGCCGGAAUCUUCAAUCGUCGCCGUUAAACUCGCGGAUUCUGAGGCUUCUGGUUCUUCCUCAUCUAGAAUAACAUUCCGACCUCGUAAAAUCAGGAAAGUUUCGUCAGAUCCUUCACCGAGAAUCAUCGUCACAGCGUCUCCUCCCUUAUCAACAAAAUCGACGGUUGCUAUCGCUCUCCGUCACUUGCAAAGCUCCGACGAACUUCUCGGAGCGUUGAUCAAAACGCACAACGAUCCUCCAGUGUUCGAAUCAAGCAAUCCUCCGUUCCUCUCCUUAGCGAGAUCCAUCCUCUACCAACAGCUCGCGACCAAAGCAGCGAAAUGUAUCUACGAUCGAUUCAUCGCUCUAUUCGACGGAGGUGAAUCAGGUGUCCUCCCUGAGUCCGUGACCUCACUCUCCGCCGUCGAUCUUCGUAAGAUCGGUGUCUCCGGGAGAAAAGCUAGCUAUCUCCACGAUCUAGCUGAUAAGUACAACAACGGUUUGCUCUCUGAUGAAUUGAUUAUGAAAAUGAGUGAUGAAGAGUUGAUUGACCGGUUAACUUUGGUUAAAGGAAUUGGAGUGUGGACUGUUCAUAUGUUUAUGAUCUUCUCUUUGCAUAGACCUGAUGUUUUGCCUGUGGGAGAUCUUGGUGUGAGGAAAGGUGUCAAAGAUCUUUAUGGUUUGAAAGACCUCCCUGGUCCGUUGCAGAUGGAGCAGCUUUGUGAGAAAUGGCGUCCUUAUAGGUCUGUUGGUUCAUGGUACAUGUGGAGACUAAUCGAGGCUCGUAAGACCAAAUAACACCCAACUGCUAGUUACUCUCAUUCUGUGACGAAUAAGCUAUUCCACGCCCAUCACCUCUCUUCCAAGUUUCACUUGCUGAGUUAUUUUGUUGUGUUUGUAUUAUUAGAGCUCUUAAGAGAAACCUUUUUUUUUUGUAUUCUAACCGUGUGUUCCACGGAUAAUUUAUAUUUCUGUGCUUUUUGUAAAAUGUAUCAUCUUCAUGUAUGUGGUUUCAAUUUGGUUAUAGAGAGAAGCGUGGCUUGUUUAUCAAAAAUUUGUAACUGCAUCCUAUUGGGCUUUGGCCCAAUUAAUCAAGUGGAGUAGACCUAGUGUGGAUCUGAUUUUGCCAAGUGAGUCACAUGUGAAACCAACAUUGCUUACCCACACGAAGACAAUGUCAAGGGAAGGGAAUCCAAAACUAAAGUCGAAAGGUGUGUCACGCGUGGUAACAUUCAAAACCUCUUAUUAAGAGUUUUGUAUAUUGGCAAAAUCUAUUUCAAUUGGUUUUAACUUUCAUAAUUUGGUUAAGAAAUGAAGAUCAUAAAUCAUAAAGUGCUGCACAGCUGUGGGAAACAAAGAAUCUGAAUGAGAGACAUGAGGCAUGUGGAGAUAAAUAAAAGUGCAGGUUUUGUUGUGCUUAUGUGGACCAGCUUUUCAUUCUUUUCUUUCACACACUUUAAUUCUUCUUCUACUAUCCCCACCAGAAAAAUAAAUAAUUAUUCAAUA